AUGGCUGCUGUAAAUUCGUCAGAUGCUUCAUUGCAUCAACAGGUUAUGGGCGCCCAAAUGCUGCAAGCGCAAACAGCUAAUGGGGUGAUCCCGGACGGCCAGAGUGGAGCUACACAACCGGCUCCCAGCCAGGAUCCUCCGCCGGAGGACUCCGCUAUUCCGAUGACAUCUGGCAGUGCUGCAUAUGUGACCGCGGAUGCAACUGUGCAAGGGGCGGCAGGCGAUGUGCUGCCUAGUGCACAGACUAGUGCGCCUGCGGACAUAGGUGCUCCUACGUCGGCUCCAGCAGUGGUGGACGCUGUACCGGCUCUUGGACAGGCGGGGCAACAACAGCCCACGACGAUCCAGGAAGUCGACGGGAUGCCGCUGAGUGGAAUGAGCAGUGGUGGAGCAGAGCAAGGCAUUGGCCAGCAGGGGUUUCACACGCCCCGUUCAACGGCGAGUCAGAACAACUGGCUGCAAGGACUGGAGGUCCCAAGAUGGGUCUCGAGACUGGGGAAUUACCUCAGCACUGGCUAUCCCGAGCUGGCACCGAGUCCCCUUGUCGCAGGACGAAAUUCGCCACCUCGUGGAGGGCAACCGUUUAUGCUGCGCUCGCCUGUACGCCAGGCGAUUGAGGCAGAGGUACAGCGACAGCUGGGUGGUAUCAUGGGGAGACUUCGCUUAGCCGAGGUGAUCUUGCUAUGGGGCCUAUGGGACCUAGUGGACUAUGGGGUCAACCCGAACCAGGUAAUCCUCCAAGAGCCCAGCAAGGUCCCAGUGUACCUCCAGGCAUACCUCCAGGAGCCCACCGAGGUGAUGAGAUACCAGGAAGCACGCAUGGACUCCGGGACUACUGAGGUCUUUGCUCGGACCAAGGCCGAGGAGUACAUCACCGGCCCAGGCCAUGACGAGAACCACAACAACCUCAGCCUGUCCGAUCACGCGGAGGCGGCGCUGGCGUUUCAGGAUUGGGUUGAGAUGUCGUCUACUACAAUGGGAGAUAUUAGUGAGAGGUCAGGAGCGUGGUGGGCAUCUGUGGUUAAGACAGUUGAGAGCACUUACGCUGAGUGGCUUUCGGCUACACCUCUGGAGCGACUCGCGGUAGCUCCCCCUUCGAACCACGGCUUGACUGAAGGAAUUUGGUCGAGGUUGAAUGCAAGGGCGGCUUCAAUGCUACUAGCGGCCAUGGACGAUGAGGUGAAGAAUGAGAUGGUUGCACUGAGAGUGACUCAGGACAGCGUUCGGAUGCUUUUCAGACUUUAUGUUCGGUUCCAGCCGGGUGGUGCAGCAGAGCGGUCAGACGUGUUGAAGAGACUCCAGAACCCAGGCGAGUUUGUUGGAUCAGAUGAUCUGGAACAUGUGCUGAAGGCGCUGCGGGCUUGGCCGAGGUGGCUAGCUCGCUGCAGGGCGGUGCGCAUGGAGCCGCCUGAUCCUACCGUUUUGGCGAAAGGAUUGCUCCUGAUGACUGACCGCUACGUCUCGCAGUCGGCGGACGCCGCAUUUCGCACGGCUAUGCUGAGAACAAGUUUGCGCCUGGAUGCGCAGCCGUCGCUGGAUCAAGUCCAGGCCUACCAGAAGCACCUUCAGGCCGAACUGGAUGUGAUCUCCGCGAGUACGAGACCUACUACGACAAGCGCACCAAGGGUGAGAGCCAUAGACACAAGCGGUAGCCCUACGAAGGCGAAGGACAAGGACCGGGGUGCGGGAGUGAGGCUCAUAGGCAGCGAGACUGCCAAGUCGGGCGUCCACGAUGGCCCCUUUGUCACUUCCAGGAGCCGCUACGCCAGCCUCGUCGGUUUCGUCCUCCUUGGUUGGAACGCCAUGGGUGUGAGUGAUGGCGGUUCGUCUCCAGAGAAAACCAGCGGAAGUAACAUGAAGAAGCUUCGCAUCAGCAACAUCCACGUGUGUACAACGGGGCGGGGAUCAGCAGCCUUGUUGGACUCUGGGGCUACACACUGCCUGAGGAGCGCCCACAGCGACCAGGAAUGGCUGGAGGCGGAAGAGAUCAUGGUGGAGCUUGCUGGUGGCAGCAGCUUGGUGAUGCGCAUGGGUGCAAGUGGCUCCUUGUUAAUGCCCCCUACAUCUACGCCUACCUCAAGUUGCUCCGCUACCAAUGGGUCCCAAACCAUCGUUCCGGUCGGACAACUUGUUAAGGUGCUGGGCUACACACUUGUGUGGGGACCUGGCAAGUGCUGCCUCCUGGACCCGGACGGGGAAAAGAUCACCUUAUCUACCUCCACGGGCUGUCCUCAAUUGUGCGAGGCAGAAGCUUUGUCGAUGAUAGCUAGGAUCGAGGACCGACGCAGGGAAACCUUGGAGAAUCAGGUUGCGGACACGCAAGACAGACUUUCCCUAGCGGCUCUCGCGAUGGAGCGUGGUUGGCAGGACCAUCUCCAGGAGUAUGUGGAGACAGGAUCUACAACAGCAGGUGGCCGAGCACUAAGGGAUGCCACGUUCCUCAGGGGACUUCCGGCGGAAUGCCUUGAGGGACUUGUCCAGCCGGACAUAAAUCCCGGCAGCUGGGAAAUCAUGAAAUCCAUCAACUACCUGACAAGGCCUCAGCGCAGACACCUGUGGAAGUCGCGAAAAUGGGUGAUCCACAUGUACGCGGGCAAUCCUGGCCAUUGGCAAGUGUUUCGUCUGGAUGCUGGCGAGACUGCAGUCAUUGAGUUGGACAUUGACCGAUGUCAAGCUCAUAGUGUCCUCAACAAUGCCACCUGGAGACUUCUUCUGUAUGGAGCCCUAACUGGGAAGAUAGAUGCUAUUGUGGGAGGUCCACCGGGGCGUGGAGGACUACGUGGCUCUGACAAGGACGUGAGGAACAUGAAGCUGAUUGCAAGAAUGCUGUGGCUGUACGCCGUGGCAAAGGCCUCCAGAAGUCAGCGGAGCAUGGCCCACAACAAGGACCGACCAGUGGGUUUCAUGAUGGAGCAUCCGGCGAGGGAGUCCUUGACUACAACUACUGGGGUUGAUCGUUCGAUGUGGGGAACAAACCUAUGGAGCGCCUUCAAGGAGGAAAUGGGUAUGGAAGAGAUCACAUUUGACCAAGCGGCGACGGGAUCUACCACAACGUGCCCUACCACCUUGGGAACCAACAUCUACUACCUCCAGGGCCUCAAGGACCUAGAGGCCGAGCAAUCCCAUGAUGCGGCGUCUACUACAGGAGCGGUUGGAGCAGAAUGGUCACCGGGACUGGUGGACGCAAUCGCGAUGGCGCUACGACUUUGGGACAGAGGGCCAUGCGAGAUACCGUCGAUCAAGGCUAUGACCCCAGAACAGUGGAAGAGCCAUGUCGCUGGCGGGCACAUGGAUUACAGAAGAGAUUGCCUCACCUGUGUGAUGGGAAGGGGCACGGGCAAGCGCCAUGCUAGAGUUCGCCACCCAGACUCAUUCUGUCUCACGAUUGACGUUUCGGGCCCUGUCAAGCCUGGUGUGGAUUGUACGUCAAAGGGGACAAUGGGGAAGGGGCUGAAGUACAUGGUCAUCGCAAAGUACACUCUGCCGCGCGAGUUUGUGAAGGGCUACACGGGCAAAGAACCACCUCAAGAUGAUGGGCUCGUCGUGGGAAUGGCUUGUGAAGCUCCAGAUGGUGAAGGUGAGGAGGAGCAUGAUAGUAGUGCUCAUGACAAGGAACUUACCAAACCUUCUCUACCACAACCGCACGAAGGGGGUGAGGAGGAGCAGCAUAGAAGUAGUGCUCAUGACCAGGAACUCACAAAACCUUCUCUACCACAACCGCACGAAGGGGGUGAUCCGUUUAGUCUGUGUGAAGAUGAGCUGGACGGUCAGGAUCGUGGUAUAGUCGUUGACGAUGAGCCGGGUGGGUCCAAGUCCAUGAGUGAUGAGAAACAUGCAGGUUCUUCGUCGGGACAGCAGAAGCACUUCGAGGACUACGAGGACUCGUUGUAUGAGCCGUCUGAAGUUGAUGAGGGCAUGAUGCAGCAAGCUGAGGAGGAGGCUGAUACCACCAAGGUGUUCCAGGACUGUGGAGAGCCGUUGACUACGAGUCUGUUGUUUGCGAGAGGAGUCAAGGACAACUUAUCUUCAACGAUCAAGGCGGUGAUCCAGGACAUCAUCCUCUACUUGGAGGCGCAUGGCCUCCCAGUCUAUCGGCUGCAUGCAGACAAGGGAGAGACCUUCAACCACAGCGUGAGGAGCUGGCUACGAGAUCGUGGGGUGAGAGCCACGUGGUCGGAGCCAGGAGUCCCAAAGGGGAACGGAAGUGCAGAAGCAACAGUGCGCUGGGUGAAGGACCGGGCAAGAACGCUUUUGCUGGGUGCAAGAAUGCCUACGAGACUGUGGGCGCUAGCGGCGGAAGCAGCAACGGCGAUGCAGAGGGCAAAGGUCCUAUCAUGGAGAUCAAGGAUGAUGGCUCCGUUUGGUGCGGUGGUUCACGUCAAGCAAAAGGCCUUUGAUUCGUCCGGACCAAGAAAGCGCGACCGAGCAUUUGAAACGAAGUGGCUGAAAGGCUACUACGUUGGGUUGAGCUCCAUCCUCGACGGUGGCCAUGUGGUUUAUGUGCCCCAAGAGACUGAGGAUGACAGGGAGAAGUUUCUACAUACGUUCCAUGUUCGGCCUAGGCUACUUGACCCCGGUGUUCCUCAAGAUGAAUUACAUGUUGAUGAUCCACCAAGACCAAGGCGAAGAGUGGUGGAGAAGAAGUCGCCGGACCGUGUCGAGAUGAGGACAAUGGGACUGAGUGAAGCGGAGGUGCGAGAGUACGUUCUUCAGCGGUCAGCGUGUUUGUUGGAGAUGUGGAACCUGGAGCAGGCUGAGCGGUUCAUUAUUGAACUGCUGGAGGCGGACUUCUUCGGAGAGCGGAAGUUUGGGAUCUUUCGUCAUGGAGGGUCAGUUGGGUGGCUCAAUGGUUCAGAGGAGUUUCCGGACUUAGCCAGAGUCCUAGCGAGGAUUGUUCAUGAAGCCGAGCCGGAAGCCACCUUUACUUCGAUAUGGGUGACAAGGGAUAGUAUGAAGGGCUACCACAAGGAUAUCAACAACGAUGCGGACACUGUUAACUAUGCCCUCCCACUACAAGUCCCAGACAAAGGUGGUCAGUUAUGGUUAGAGCUUGGCCAAGGUGAUACCCUACGCGGCGAAGUUGGCGAGAGAGCAGAUGCAAAGGGACGAGUUCACUAUGGACAGAUCCUGCCUUUGGUGAAGGGUCAAUGCACAGCCUUUUGCCCGCGCCGGGGACAUGAAGUUCUACCGUGGGUAGGGACGAGAUCGAUGAUUUUGGCCUACACCCCGCAGUGCAUGGGGAAGCUGGACUAUGACAUAGUGAAGAAACUAGAGGCCUUGGAGUUCCCAACCCCAAUCUCGCAGCUCCCAGAAUACUUCUCUCCAGAUCCUCCUGGAAUCCAUCAAGUUACGCCGAGUGCUGUUGAAAAGAGCGAUGUGCGAAUCCAGGAGGAGUCCGUGAAUGCUGUUACGGGAAUGUAUGGUGAUGAUGAAUGGGAGAUGUUCCUUGAGGUUCCAGAUGGCGUGGUGAAGGUUGGUGAUCAUGAAGAACAUCGACCACCGGAGUCAAUUGCGAGAGCCGCCAAAGUGGAAGUGAGUUACACCCCGAACAUAGAGCGUGUUCUAGCUGAGCUACGGGGACCACUCAAGGUGACUCAUACAGUUGAUCCUAGGGAAGUUCAAGAGAACCUCGAGCUGUGGAGAGGCGCCAUCGAGAAGGAGGUGAAGAAUGUAGAAGUCGCCAUCCUCAGGUUGCUCCCAGGCACCCCGGAGCGGGCCAUGUGGAUCAAACGGCCCAAGGCUCAACGCCUCCCGGCCAAACUGGUCUUCACGGUGAAGCCAGGGGACUCACCCAAUGAGGCAGACCCCACUACGUGGUUCAAACGCAAAGCGAGAUUAGUUGUUUGCGGGAACUUUGCUCGACCAGACGAGGCCGACCUCUACUCGGAAACACCGCCCACCGAAGUACUCCGAGCUGGGCUGACGCUUUCUCGAAGACGGAAAUGGUAUAUUGCGAUCCUCGAUGUGGUUGCGGCCUUUUUACGGGCCCCAAUUGGAGACAACGCGAGUGAUCCCACAGUAUUGGUCACUCCACCACGUCUUCUACAGAGUCUGGGCUUGAUUGUGGAGUGUGAAUUGUGGGCAUUGAUUCGUGCCUUAUACGGCUUGCGCCAGGCGCCAGCUCUUUGGUCGUCCUACCGCGACAAGACACUGGAUGCGCUGAGAUUUCCGGGCAACUUAUCAUUGCGCCGGGGACGAACAGUAACUGCAUGGUGGGUCUUGCAAGAUGAGUCUGGGGCAGUGUCAGCAGUGAUUAUCAUAUACGUUGAUGACAUAAUGCUGAUUGGACCAGAAGCCACUGUUAGAACCCUUUCCGAUGCGAUCCAGGCCCUGUGGAAGACCUCACCGCUGACGUUUCUUACCCCAAGUAGCCCUAUUCGGUUUCUGGGCAUGGAGCUCGAGCUUAGUGAGGACCUCAGCACGGUGUAUGUGAACCAGACAGCCUAUAUCGAGGAGAUCCUGCGAGCCUACCAGGUGCCGUCUGAUCAGAAGGACAAGAUCCCGAUAAGCAAGGAGCUUGCGAGCUUUGAAGUGGGUCCUGAUGAUAUUCCCCCAACCGUGGAGGAUGUGGCUGCAGCUCAGAAGCUGACUGGAGAGCUGAUGUGGAUAGCCCAGAAGUCAAGACCAGAUAUAUCAUUCACAUGCUCAAUGCUAGCGAGUUUGUCUACGAAGGCACCCUCGAGAUGUUUGGCCGUGGGAGAGAAGGCGCUACGCUAUCUGCAAGGGACCAAAACUUGGAGAAUGAAGUUCACCUGUGACAACUCAGAGUUGGUCCUCUACCCGGACGCGGCCUUUGCACCAAGCUCGGGAAGAUCACAUAGUGGUUGGGUUAUAAUGUGGUCAGGUUCAGCUGUGGCGUGGAGGAGUGCCCGACAAUCAACAAUUGCCCUCAGCACGGCCGAGUCUGAGUUACUGGCAAUAUUGGAGGGAUCUGUUGGUAUGAUGGGAGUAGAAGCCCUCCUGUAUGACGUUAAGGAAGGCCCCCUCACGAAGACGAUUGCGAGUGACAGCACAAGUGCUUUGUCGAUCAGCAGCGGGACGGGUUCGUGGAGAACGAGACACCUACGGCUCAAGGCGGGAUGGAUUCAGGAAAUGCUCCAGACGGGGGUCCUGAAUGUACGUCACCAACCGGGCAUAACCCAGCCUGCAGACAUGUUGACAAAGGCACUGGCAUCGCAGCGUCUAAAGGCCCUGAUGAGUUUGUGGGGAAUGGAAGAAAAGGAGGUGAAGAUCAAGCGCGUCAACCAUGGGCUACCAGGACGUCCCUCGACUAAAAUAGUGAUGGCCCUUGUGUGCUGCCUGAUGAUGCUCACCGUGGAGGCGAGCGAAGUGGCCCCAAGGCCAAUUCAAGUGGAGCGUCAGAGCGUAAACUACGAAGACUGCGGAAGCUACGGGCCCGCAACCAAGCACCUCAACGUCUUCCUCAAGAAUGUUAACUCCUCCCCCGCCUACGAGAUCAAGGGAACAGAGGCCUAUAUUUUCACCACAGAGUACACCACCAAGACCUCACACCGCGGAGGACCACGGUGA